AUGUUUGCAGGACAAGUGAAGUGCCUGCAACAUGAGCUGGAAGCAGAGAGAGCUCUCAGGAGGCAGGAACAGGAAGACACAGCUCAACAGCUCCUGCGGGCAGAGCAGCAGCAUCACGAAAGCCUCAGGCUUCAGGGAACUGCUCAGCAAGUGGAAAUAAAGAAGCUCCUGGAUGACCUGGCAAGUGAGCGCAAAAGGCACCGUGCAGAGAUGCAGGAGACGCUGGAGCAAUGGGAAAAAGAGAAAGCAGAGAGAGAGCAGGAGCACAAGAAGGUGCUGUUUGAGAUGGGGCAGAAAGUUGCCACCCUGCUGGCCCAACAAGAAGAACUAAGGAGAUUUGAAAGUGCCCAGCAAGAGGUAAUGAUUGUGAGAGGAGAGCUGUUGUGA